AGGUUUCUACGACGUCGAACCCAAAGGUAGAUCUAGCACAGUUUUUGGUUGGUAGAUUGAGUACAAAAAGAACACCUACCUCAAUUUAAUCACCAACUUUCAAUCGCAUACCGUCAGCGUGCAUUAGAAUCGCGCUCCACCUCGAGCUGCAACUCGGUGGAGAUGUUUCAUCCUGAAAAAGCAGCAGGUGACCCCCACCUCGCAGCGGAAAAAGCGAAGGGGCUCGUCGAUGCCUUCUCGUCCCGAGGAAACUGCCCCCCUCGGCGUGGCGGAACCUCUUGCGGAGCUUCUGGUCGUCCCCGAGCUCGACCUGUUUUGAUGCUGGUCUACGCCACUGCAGCACAGCUUUUUCCCGGGGGGUUCUACUUGCAAGGUUCCCUUGCCCUGUUUCGCGGUAGAAGAGGCACCACGUCGGCGGCGCAGGGCAAAACAGCGAGAAAAAAUUCCCCCUCUUUGCUGGGGCGGAGCACGACCACCAAGGGGGACCUGGAGGGGGGGAAAAAGAACGUCGUGGGCAGUAGUCGUGGGACAAAAAUGUUGAUGUCACGACCUGUGGAUGAUGAUGAUGAAGCAGAGUUGGAAAAAGACGGUGACCACCGGGAUGAGGAAAUAGAUCCCAGUCAUUUAUUGGCCGCCGCUUCUGUGGAACAAACACCAACACGGAAGGGCAAAUUCUUGCAGCUCUUCCGCGGGACGAGGGAGAACAAAGGGAUGAACCAACCGAGUAAACGCGAUCAAAAGACCACGUUCUUGCAGUCCAGAGCGUCUUCGACGCACGAGCAGAAGCAACGGAAGAAAGUCCUCCGCAGCGGAAGUACCUCCACAAGAACCUCCAAAGCAGGGAAGACAGCGCAGCAGCUGGACAGCACAGCGAGCUCGCGCAGGAGGAGGAGCGCGCGCAGGAGGCGACGGAGCGCCGGGUCACGCGAUUUCGGGACGCACGAGGAAGAUUACGGCGACUCUGACCACCCGGAAAUCAAGUACGAGUACUCGUGCAAAUACCACGCGACGAAGUACAGAGAUGCGGCCACCGACGCCAGAUACAAUACGAUGAUGGCCGUCUACACCACUCUGAAUUACAUUGACACUUCGAACAUGGGGCUCCUGGACCCGAGGGUCGAGACCGUGGAAAAUUGGGUCGCGGACCCGUUGGACCGGGUCUUCAUUCUGCUGCUGCCGGAGCACCAGCAGGGGGGCGCGGAAAUUCGCAAGUACACCAAGAGACUGUGCGAGAACUGGGCGGACUAUUUUGACGAGAAAGAGCUUGGUGACGGGGACGGCGAACCGAAGAUCGAGCUGGGAAAGGACAGCGAUACGCACAUCGUGGUCCCCCUGUUUCGGUCCUACAAGGACAAAAAAAACGGCGAAUUCUUUUGGGGCGACGAGUCGGAGACGGAUUAUGGGCACGACGACAACUUGUUUGGUGUCAACCACGGGUAUCGCUCGACCAACCCGGUCCCGGGGGACGACAUCCAAGUUACCUCCUUUGAAAUGCUGGACACACUGGUAACACGGCUGAUCCCUCGCGUGAAAAAGCAGAUCGUGGUGGUGGGACGAGCGGGGCAACGGUGGGCGUUGAUGAGCCGCAUUCCGCUGGACACCCUGCAGGGAGACACGGGUCACGUGAAUCGCAUCGAUGUUUUGUUCGGGCAGGAGAAUUCCUACGGCUAUUUGGACAACCUACGGACUACGGCUCAUUGGAAAGGAGGGAAUUGCCGCGGUCCGAAUAAGGCAUCCGGCAACUGCGGGGAGCCAACUGAUAACGAGUGGACGACCGAGUUGCAAGAGACGGUUCCGAACGUGCUCUGGACCGCGUUGGCCGACAAGGCGGGGGAAGCAGAGUUUUUGCUGCAGGGUAAAGAAGAAGACUACCUGCUUCAGCCGCCGGAUGGGCUGCUGCCGUCGCAGUCGCAAGCAAACGUUGCUGCGUACUUGAAAAACGAGGUCUUCUCCCGGUUCAGAAUCCACAUGACGGUGGACGUGAAUGAUCGUUGCCUGAGUCUGGAGGACCACCCGGUGGCUGCGUUUCGAAAGGUCUAUACAGACUCGAACACGUUGGGGGUCUUUCACAAGCACUACCUGUUCGAAGACGAUUUCUGUGACGAUUCCGAAGAUUUCGUUCACGACCGCAACGACGCAACCCGGCUGGCCUUUUCCCAGGGGUUUCACCGGUUCCAACGUGCGAAGUCGUUUCAAUUUUGGAUGAAAAAACACCUGGACACGACCAACAUGCAGAAUGUCGAAGAUGACCACUUUGUCAUUCAUGACUGCGAUGCGGAAUUUGGCAAGGGCAGCGCCUCCAAGUGCCGCCACACGGAGAGCUUCAUAAAACGGGCAGCGCGGCGAAUCGCCCAGGGAGAGUACGGCCCGGUCAAAUUGGACGAGUACAGCCCAGACUCGGAGGCGGACGAAGCGGGCGCGCAAGAAGAACUGAAGGCGCUGGAGGGGUUGAGAGAGGACGCGGACAACUCGUUGGACGUCGCCGUGGAUGCGAAGGACGCGGCCGAAGACGCAAAUACUAUCGCGCAAACGCAGAAGGAAAACGCCGAGUCCCACCGGGGCGAGGCGCAGAAGGCUGGCGCUUCGGCGGCCGAGGCGGCGGUCUCGGCUACAAGGGCCGAGACGGCGGCGGACGCGGCGGGUGAGGCAAUGAGAGCGGCGGAGACGGCCCGGCAGGAGGCCGUGGAGGCUGCAGCCGCUGUGGAAACUGCGGCCAAAACAGCGGCGGACAGGGGAGUAAUGCUGGAGAUAUACUCUGCGAGUGCCCUGUACAAUGAAUUGCUCCAAACAGUGGAAGAUGUGCGCACCAUCGCGCAGACCGCGGCCACGGUCAAGGCUGACGCGGAGAAAGCAGCGAACGAUGCCGAAGCUGCGCAUGCAGCCGCAACUGCCGCAGCACAGGCUGCGAGGGCCGCCGCGAACAGUAAGGACGGUGGAUCUGCCGACGGCGCAGGUUCGGAGGUGCUGGAGGAGCUGGGCAACCUGGAAACACAGGCUAAACAGGCGCUGGCUGACGCCAGAGCCGCCAAGGGCGCAGCCGAUGCUGCGGACACUACCGCGCAAGCGAAGAGGGCAGAGGCGGAAGAUGCCAGCGCGGAGGCACAGAAGCUGGAACUUUCGGUGAGCCAGGCGGCUGCUUUUGUCUCACAGGCCGAAGCGGCGGUGGACGAAGCGCGCGUCGCAAAAACAGCGGCGGUGAAUGCGACGAAAGAUGCCGAGGCGGCCGCUGAGGUUGCCGCCCAGAACGCGGAAGAUGCCGAGGCGCUUGCGAGUCAACACUCCGGCACGGAAAUCGAAGCGGCAGGGGUUCGAGUUCGUGUCCUUGCAAACAGCGUGCACACGGUGUUCGCUGAAACAACAUCUGCCAAGAACGCGACAGUUGCCGCGUAUCUUGCCGCAUCUGCGGCUGCGAGGGCUGCUGCGGAUCAUGUUGGCGAUGGACUCAUGCAAGCCCCACUGCAAAUUGCCCGCGAACAGUUGGCUGCUGCCGAAGCUGCGCUUGAGCUGGCCCAAGGCUCCUUGGCUGACGCCGAAGGCGCCCGGGAACGCGCGCAGAGCCACCAGGCCGAGGCAGAGAAGGCCGAGACCUCGGCUGCGGCAGCGGCUUGGGCCACGAAGGCGGAGGAGGCGGCGGGCGCCGCACGCACUGCAAAAGAAUCGGCGUCGCUUGCAGCGGCGGAGGCCCAGAAUGCCGCCGAUUAUGCGGGGGAGAAAGCGGACCACGCAGAGACCCAUGCGGGAGGCUCCGAUCAGGAGGAGCAAGCGGGGACGGUUCGCACCCUCGCGGGGCAGGCGCAAACAGCAGCUAGCAGCGCGGCCCAAGCGGCAAGUGAGGCCGCAGACGCGCACACAGCCGCAACUGGCGCAGCAAAUGCUGCGAGGGCCGCUGCAGAUUCGAAAGCCGAAGAAGAGGGCGCUGGGAAUGCCGGGGGCAGCGGCGCCGGCACUGGCGACGAUGCUGGGAAUGCCGGUGACAGCGGCGCCGACACUGGCGACGAUGCUGGGAAUGCCGGGGGCAGCGGCGCCGACACUGGCGAAGAAGCUGGGAAUGCCGGUGACAGCGGCGCCGACACUGGCGACGAUGCUGGGAAUGCCGGGGGCAGCGGCGCCGACGCUGGCGAUGAAGCUGGGAAUGCCGGUGAUAGCGGCGCUGA